CAUACCACUAGUUUAUAAAAAAUGGCGGCGGUUGACAUUGAGCGUGCUAAAUUCGACGCAAACAUGAGAAAUCUCAAGUUAGCUGGUCACGUUGGGUUUGACAGUCUUCCGGAUCAGCUGGUGAAUAAAUCUGUGCAAAAUGGAUUUGUCUUCAAUAUUUUAUGUAUCGGCGAGACUGGGCUGGGAAAAUCAACACUCAUGGACUCGUUAUUCAACACAAGUUUCGAGUCUAAUCCAAGUCCCCACAAUUUACCAGCUGUCAAGCUGAAAUCCCAUACCUAUGAGCUACAAGAGAGUAAUGUAAGACUCAAACUGGCAAUUGUUGAUACUGUUGGAUAUGGGGAUCAAAUUAAUAAGGAAGACAGCUUCAAAUCAGUGGUUGACUAUAUUGACGCACAGUUUGAGGCUUAUCUGCAGGAAGAGCUGAAGAUCAAGAGAUCUCUGGGGACCUAUCAUGACACAAGAAUUCACGUUUGCUUAUAUUUUAUUUGUCCUACGGGACACGGAUUGAAAUCGAUCGAUUUGGUUUGCAUGAAAAAAAUCGACACCAAAGUGAAUAUUGUCCCGAUUAUUGCUAAAGCUGAUACAAUUUCAAAGUCGGAACUACAAAAAUUCAAGAGUAAAAUCAUGUCAGAACUCCAAAAUAAUGGGGUUAACAUCUACCAAUUUCCUGUGGAUGACGACAAUGUAGUGGAGAUAAAUUCGACAAUGAAUGCUCACGUACCAUUUGCAGUGGUCGGAAGCACUGAUUUUGUGCGCAUUGGAAACAAGAUGAUGCGCUCACGUCAGUAUCCUUGGGGUACAGUUCAAGUGGAAAACGAGACUCACUGCGAUUUCGUUAAACUCCGGGAGAUGCUGAUCAGAACGAACAUGGAGGACAUGAGGGAGAAAACUCAUUGCCGUCAUUACGAACUCUAUCGUAAGAAGCGACUGGAACAGAUGGGAUUCAGUGAUGUGGACAGUGAUAAUAAACCUGUGAGCUUCCAACAGACUUGUGAAGCUAAGAGAUCUACUCAUUUGCAAGAAUUGCAGCAGAAAGAGGAUGAGAUGAGACAAAUGUUUGUGGCUAGAGUCAAGGAGAAGGAGGCUGAGUUGAAAGAAGCCGAGAAAGAGCUCCACAAUAAAUUCGAUAAACUCAAAAAGGACCAUAUGGAGGAAAAAAAGAAAUUGGAAGAAAGCCGUAAGAAGUUGGAAGAUGAUAUAGUUGAGUUCAACCGUCGAAAAACUCAAGUUGCUCAACAGUCUCAGCAUCACAUGUUGACUCUUGGUAAAAGCAAGAAAAAAUAAUUUGCUGAACUCAUUACCAAUGACAGAACGAAUUUGUACGUUCUUCCAACGUUUUUGUAUAAAACGAGAUGAUUUUAACUAUUUAAAUAGUCUCAAAUGUGAGCAUUCAUUAAAUAUCUCCAGAAUUUGAAGGACAUAAUCAAAUUUUCUAAAAUGGUUUUUGCAUUUCUCAUUCUUAUUUCAAAGAAACCUUUUUUGGUUCUCGUAUGUUAUUUGGAUUUUGAGAUAUUUAAGCAAUUAUUGAAGGACAGUUGAUCGAUCUCGUUUUAUUACUCAACUAUCGAUUCGAAUUCGCUAAUUUAUAAUGAAGAAAAAUUAGUAUUUUUCUUUCUAGUAUUUUUUAUCGCCUCGCAUUGCGAAAAGACUAGCGGCUCCGAUCGCAGCAUUUAAUCAAGACAAUUAUCUUCAUACAACAUUACGCAUUAUGUAUGAUUUAAGACAUCUUCAAUCAAUUACACGUGCCAUUAAUCGGUAUACAGUCCUUUAUUUUAGUGAUAAACACACCUCAUGAACCAAAUCGACAUACAUUAAUAAACAAAUGAAGAAUAAUUUAGUUUAAGUUUCUAAGUGCUACCACAUCAAAUUGUACGAGAAGAUAUAGGUAAAAUAAAGGGAUCUUUCAUAAAACACCCACAAUUAUUGCAAUUAAACAUUUUAUUACUCAACAAAAGAUAACAAUUAAAGUUAAACUUAAUCCAACUGUUAAGUUAAAUCGUAAAUAUUCAGUGAAAGAAAAACUAAUUCCGUUAUUUACAAGUUACGAAACUUGCAAUGCCAUUAUGUUUUAAUCACAAAAAAACGCAUUUUUCUCAUCUUCUAUUGUGACUAACUCAAAUACUGCCAACAAGUUCCCCUAGAAUUAUUAUAAUCUACGGAGCGUUAUAAUUAAUACAAAAAAAAAAUUUCUUCAUCUCGGUACAACCGAUUAUCCCCAUGUUCCAGACAAACAGGUACCUCUCACUUAGAAAAUUUUCAUUUCUAUCAACUCAAAUGGUACAAAUUAACGUACUUAGAUUAUGUUAUGGCGAAACUUCCGAUUCUCAGGACGAAAAAAAAACAGUCUUUACUAAAAAAAAAAAAAAAAAAA